ACCACCUGUUAAAACUAGAGCCAAACUAGAGCCACAACCAGCCACAACCACAACAACAACAACAACAACAACACGCAUACAUGACGAUACAUGAUUUAUUUUACUCUCAUCAAUAUUCGGAACGAUAGUAAGAGAGAUUAGUCUGGAUGAUGAUUCGUUCAAACAACAUGGUUUCCAUGGCAAUGCUUUUGCUCCAAUUCAGCCUUGUCGGCGCGGGUAAUUCAGACUCGGGUUCGUCUUGUGGCUGUGGUUCAGCAACCAGUAGAGAUUCUUCGACUUGCGAUCCUUUAAGCCUUUCCUCGGCUGAUAAGAAUCCCUCUAGUGAACCUCAGUCCAGUGGAACUCUUGAAGCGAUUGGUCUAAACCCUCUGAUUCUCAUUCCGGGUGGAGAAUUUCUAAUGGGUACGGAUCGUCCAAUAUUUGCUGCCGACGGUGAAGGUCCUGCCAGAAAUGUCACACUAAAACCUUUCCAUCUUCAAAAACAUGAAGUCAGCAACAAAGAAUUUGAGCUCUUUGUUCAGAAAACUGGCUAUGUUACCGAGGCUGAAAAAUUUGGGACAUCCUUUGUUUUUGAAAGCUUGGUAAGCAAAGAAUUAAUUAAGGCGCAGGAUCCAUCGGCCGUGGCCGCUGCACCAUGGUGGCUAUCAAUCAAAGGAGCUGACUGGCGUCACCCAUUUGGGCCUGACUCCAGCCUAUCUCAACAGAUGGAGAAUCCUGUAGUUCAUGUGAGCUGGAAUGACGCCAAGGCCUUUUGUGAGUGGCUGGGUCUUCGACUUCCCACAGAAGCAGAGUGGGAGCGCGCUUGCAGAGCUGGCCUUCGAGACAGACUGUUUUCAUGGGGGAACAACCCCAUGCCACAUGGAAAGCACAGAAUUAACAUCUGGCAAGGCGAUUUCCCAGACAUAAACUCAGCUGAGGAUGGAUUCGAAUUCACUUGUCCCGUGGACCAUUUUCCUGAGAACAAGUACGGCCUGAAGAACAUGCUGGGCAAUGUCUGGGAAUGGACAGAAGACUGGUGGCGUCUUCCAAAUAGAGAUUUGCCACAAAAAGACAAAGUGAAAAAAGGUGGCUCUUUCCUUUGUCACGAAAGCUAUUGUUAUCGAUUCCGCUGCGCCGCUCGGAGUCAAAAUACACCAGACAGCUCGGCUGCAAAUUUGGGCUUCCGAUGUGCCCGUGAUGUCCAGGAUAACAAGAAAGAUGGCAAUCGAGAUGAACUUUGAAGCUCGAUAUACCUCAACAGCAAAAUUAUAACUCUGGAAUAGAGGUGUUAACUAAAGACUGUGUGACUACAUAAUGCUAUGAGGGUUGAAGGCCGUGGGUAACGAUAUUGAUGUUAUUCUAGUCUCUUGCCUUGAGAGAGGUUGUGCUGUUAGAAAAUGAAAUCUUUUCUCAAUUUUAUCCAAUGCAUUUUUUAAAACUUCUGUGCAGUCUGAGGCUCUCAAAGAUUUUUUUAAAACCUGCGUUAUUUUCUUAUGUUUCUUAAAAUUUUAAAAAUGGGUUUUAAAUAUUUUUUUUUUAUUAAUUCUACAAAGCAUUUAUCAAUGCAAAAAUAAAGUAAUAAGUAAUAUGCAAAAUUUACAGGCGAUGUAAUGCAGGCACAAAUCCUAAAUUGCCUUCAAAUGAGGUGAUCAUUAAAUUGAACUAUCUAUAAGUUCAAAAUAAUAAUCGUAAAACUAAACUUAUGAAUUUAUUUUAACAAUAAAGAGGAAUUGUAAGAAUUAUUUACAAGAAGACAACUCAGCUUUAUCUCUCCUCAAGCUGCUGGUCCCUAGAGGUGACACUCUCUUCAAAUUUGAUCAUGUAGGUGGUUCCCUGGUGCCAAUGAGCCGACACCUUUGCUGGCUGUAGAAAAUUUACACUUAAUUAGAAAAAAGUGGCGAUUUAAAAUCUGCUAGAAUUACAAAAUUGCAAGAGGUGAGAAUGGCUUCAACAAUCCCAGCAGUGAAGAUGGCACAGUUCAAACUGCUCUUGUCCCUUGGCACAGACACAAAAGUAUUCACCAGGGCCGUCUUCUCAAUGAUAUAGUAUGUCCUCUCGUCAUCGUUU